AUGGCAACCGUUGACUAUGAAUUGAUUCGCAAUGCGAUCGCUCAGUACUCUCUCGCCAUCGACCGAAAGGAAUACCAACAGCUCGCGAAAGGGUUCACGACAGAUGUUGUUAUGAAAUUUCCAGAACCUAUUGGUGCACUGAACGGCCUGCCAACUGUCAUUUCCGCUAUUGAAAGCGCACUUGAAAAUUUGACGACCCACCAUGCUUUAACGACUCAGACCGUUGAGUUGACCGACGAGAAGACAGCUUUGGCAACAACGUACUGCAUGGCUAUGCAUUUUGAUACUAAAAGUCAAGGAAAACGCAGUGUGACUGGAUGGGGAUCAUAUGAUGAUAAGUUGGUGAAGGGGAUUUACGAUGGCAAGGAGGACUGGCGCAUCGUGGAAAGGACAGUGCAUUUUCAUGUUCCACACACUGGAGAUGCGUCGCUACUCGGAUUAAACUAG